UGUAAUAAUUUUCAUUUAUCUUAGUUUAUAUGAUUAUUUUUUAAUUUAAUUAUAAUACCUAUUUGUACUUUCUUACUUGUAUGUAACUGUUGUCUGUAACUGUAACUAGUAAGAACAGUAAAAGUAAGAAUGAACGUUCUAUUGUUUUAAUUUACUCGCGUAAUAUAAACAUUUUACAAAUUAAGACUAAUGCGCGAAUGUAUACAUUUAGGAAUGUUUAAGAGACAAUUAGGCGUACAUAUUUGCGAAUUGCCAAAAGUUUCUGAUAGCAAUUUGCCAAAGUUACCACCUAAUGCAAAUAUUUUUACUCGUUGGAAACGUAGUUAUACAAAAUUAAUCUUAGUUUCUGCAAAACAUCCACUUACAAGUUUUUCUCUGCGCAGUCGUGCUGCUAUAACUUUUGAGAAAAGAAGACAUGGUCGUUCAUUGCUUUGGUGGAUAAUACAUCCAUACAGCACUUUAAGAUUUUUUUGGGAUCUGUUAAUGAUAAUUACAUAUCUAUAUAUUUUCAUUAUGGUACCAUACAUCAUGACAUUUCAUAGAAUAGCUAAAAACACAGAUACUGAGUCAUGGAUAAUUGUUUAUCCUGCAUAUGUAGUUUGUAUAAUUGAUAUAUUUCUUAAUUUUAUAACUGGAUAUGUAUCAACCGACGGUAAUGAAAUAUUCCUGAAUCCUGUUUUAAUAGCACGAAUAUUUUUAUCUUCAAGGAAUUAUAUAAAAAGAUAUUUUUUCAUAGACCUUGUUUCCUCUAUUCCUUAUACUUGGUUUUAUAAACAACGCAUAUUACCACCUGGACCUAAUUCCAAUUCUAUAUUUCUUUUACUCGAGAUCUUGCCUGUAUUAAAGAUUAUAAGAUUAGGUACACUGUAUCAUUAUCUUAGACAACUUAAUAUUACUUUUGGAUGUUCUCCUGCUAAAAAGAUAAUUAUUUGGCUUAUUAUCCAGACUUUAUUAAUUUUUCAUUGGAGCAGCUGUUUGUCUUAUUUAUUUCCAUAUAUUGUAAUGCAUAUAAUCGGAGAUAGUAUGGAGAACUCCGGAACAUAUUUAAUGCACACAGGAUUAUAUAAACAGUCUGAUUGGAUUAUUUAUUUAGAAUCUUUGCAUAUUGGUUUAAGUAAUUUAAUUGGAUUUAAUUUUGUUGAAUUUCAAUCAUUUGGUACUUUAGAUAAAAUUGCUCACUGUAUAUUACUUACCUUUGGAAAAGGCUACAUGAUUUGCACGAUUGGAAAGUAUAAUAAUCCUUUUUUACAAUGUAUUAUAAAAAAUAUAGUUCUUAUCCUGCAAUUAUUUGAAUCGUUGGCGGAAUCAGAGUUAAAAUAUCAUGAAAUUAUACACGGUGUAAAAAAUUAUGUUGAAGAAAAAAAACUUCCGAAACAUCUUCAAAAUAAACUUCUUAAUUAUUACGAAUAUAGAUUUCAAGGACAUUUUUUUAAAGAACAAGCUAUAUCAAAUACUCUUUCUAAUCAUCUUAAUCAAGAAAUUAUGAUCCAUAGUAGUUAUGGUUUAUUAGAUACUGCAAAAAUACUUCGUAAUUUACCACCAAUUGUGCUUAGAAAUUUAAUUGCGGUUUUAAAACCAGUUAUUUACAUGGAAACCGAUGUAAUUUAUAAAUAUCAUGAAGAAGGUGAUUGUAUGUACUUCAUAGCUAAUGGAACAGUUGCACUAAUCACUUUUUGGGGUAAAGAAAUUUGCCAUCUUGAAAGUGGUGAUCAUUUUGGUGCUGAAGUUUUACUUAAUUCUCAAAAGCGAAGAUAUGAAUCAGUUUUAGCUUUAGAAGUAUGUGAACUUCUACGUUUGGAUCGUCAAAAUUUUAAACUUGUUGCUCCUCGCGAAUCUGAAUUAUUCAAUAGAAUUGAAAAAGAUACAAUGAACAGAAUUAAGUUAAUUGAAAAAUUGGAAAAGCUGCAUCUAAUGUCUGAACAAACAAAAAAUGAAAAUAAGGAAAGGGAAAAAAUGAUUUAAAAUAUCGAAUUUCAUACUAUUAAUA